AUGGGUUGUAUUGUAAGUUCAGUCGCUUGUUGUUUUUGCAGUUCUGCUGCUAGCUUGUGCUGUGCUUGCCUACCUAGUUGCAAGUCUUCGACGUCUUCACGAAUGAUGUUUAGUAUUAUACUUAUUGUUACAGUCCUUCUUUCAGUAAUCGCUCUAAUUCCUAACGUUAAAGACAGUCUAACCAAAAUCCCUGCACUUUGUACACCUUUUAAGCUGUCUCCAUUUACGAAGGAGCAAAAAGCCGCUCUAGAUUGUGAUGCUAUUACUGGUUUCGGGGCUGUUUACCGUAUUUGUUUCGCAUCAACUAUGUUUUAUCUUGUGUUCUGUGUAAUUAUGAUCCGGGUCCAUUCAUCUAUGGACUGGAGAGCGAAAUUACAAAAUGGGUUUUGGUUCUUUAAGUAUGUUUGUUGGUUUGGCUUAUUGAUUGGUGCAUUCUUCAUACCCGUGGAAGGUUUUACAAGUUUAUGGAUGUACGUCGGAAUGAUUGGUGGGAGUUUGUACAUAAUCAUACAGUUAAUUCUUCUUGUGGAUUUUGCUCACUCAUGGAAUGAGAACUGGCUAACACAGUAUGAAGAAAGUGGAGAAAAGUGUUAUGCACUAGGUCUGAUCUUUUUCACUUUUCUCUUUAAUUCAUUGUCGAUCGCCGGGAUUAUACUCCUGUUUAUCUUUUACGCAAGUGCUCCACAAUGUGGACUAAAUAAGGCUUUAAUCAGUCUUAAUCUUAUUUUUUGCUUCCUUGCAUCAGUUAUUUCAAUUUUGCCGAGAGUGCAAGAAUAUAUGCCACAGUCUGGCUUGUUACAGUCCUCAAUGAUUACUGCCUAUGUAACUUUCCUGACAUGGUCUGGUUUAACAAAUGGUCAUGAUCCAGUAUGCAACCCAUCCCUAACUAUCGCAAACAGUACAAAUACACAAGAUGGUUCAGUUGUUUUGAAGUUCGAUCGACAUAUUGCUAUCGGUAUAAUAGUGCUCGUUUUUUCUGUUCUUUACUCCACCCUAAGGUCUAGUACAAAAACAUCAGCUGGAAAGUUCCUUAUUUCCGGUACAGAAGAUACAACCUUGGCAGAACAAUUUUCUAGUGCUGAUGACGACGAUGGACGUGUUGGUCAAAAAGUAUGGGAUAAUGAAAAAAAUGGUGUGGCUUAUAACUAUUUUAUGUACCAUUUUAUGAUGUUACUAGCCACAUUGUAUGUUAUGGUCAUGCUUACUAAUUGGCUAAAGCCACAAAAUGAUUUGAAAACACUAGUCAGCAAUUCAGCUGGUUUUUGGGUACGUAUUGUGAGCAGUUGGGUAUGUUUGGGUAUUUAUGUGUGGACAUUAGUUGCACCGGCUCUGUUUCCUGAUCGUAUAUUUUAACCAAACUUGACUUUAAAAAGAAAAUUCAAAUGAUCAUUUUGUUGCAGAAUUAAAUUAUUUCCUUUUAUUUCAAACGUUAUUCAUGUCACUUUUGUUUUAUAACACAAUAUCUUAAAGUAACUGGAACACGACAAGAAAGUUCUCGUUGUAUACUUCGGUCACACAAAUUUAUUGACAAUCAUUG